GUCAAGAUACUUAAUGUCAAAAAUCUCUAUUCUUUCUUCAUUAGAGUAUGUAAGGCAAAAAAAACAACAACAACAACAACAACAACAACAAAAUCCUGUUGUCCAAGCCUUUGUAGCACACUUGAUUUUUUUUUAAUAUUUCAGAUUUAAUCAUUACGCUUGAGAUCGAAAAGGCGAACAGUAAUAAAUGCGCACUUAUAAUUUUUAAUCGUUCGAUUAAAUAGAACAAAAAGGAAUAUGAACACGCCAGAAUUGUGGCUUUUAGAAAAAACACAAUUCCACAAAAAACAAAACAUAUUUGUUUUAUAUUCUCAUGUUGAAAAUGUUUUAUGUGUAUAAUAAAACAUGCACACAUAGUUCAGGUAAUACGGUAGAUACGUGUUUGGCAAUGUGUCACUGGCAAAUCUACAAUGGCCACCUUUAAAUUUAUAGAUGUAGGAAUUAACCUUACAGACCCCAUGUUUAGGGGAAUCUACAGAGGAACCCAAAAACACCAAGAUGAUUUUACGCAAAUUGUCCAAAGAGCUCUGAGUGUUGGGGUUCUGAAGUUUCUGAUCACUGGUGGAAAUCUGGAGGACAGCAGAGAAGCUCUGAAACUAGCACAAAGCCGAGAGGAGUUCUUCAAUACUGUAGGUUGCCACCCGACUCGCUGUGCUGAGUUUGAGCAACAGGGGGCAGAGCAAUAUUUCUCAGCACUCAGAGAGCUGGCCAUUAACAACAGAGAGAAGGUGGUAGCUGUCGGGGAGUGUGGAUUGGAUUUUGAUCGGUUGGAAUUCUGUCCAAAAGAGACCCAGCUGAAGUACUUUGAGAAGCAGUUUGAUUUGGCAGAAGAAACCAAACUUCCCAUGUUCUUGCACUGCAGAAACUCUCACCAGGAAUUCCUGGACAUUAUGAAAAGAAACCGUGACAGAUGUGUCGGCGGAGUGGUUCACUCCUUCGACGGGACGAAAGAGGACGCUGCUGCUCUGAUAGACCUGGACCUUUAUAUCGGCAUUAACGGCUGCUCUUUGAAGACGGAGGCGAAUCUCGAGGCCAUGAAAUCCAUUCCCACAGAGAGACUGAUGAUCGAGACAGAUGCUCCAUGGUGUGGCAUCAAAAACACUCAUGCAGGAUCCAAGUUCAUUAAAACAACCUUUCCAACCAAGAAGAAGUGGGAGGCAGGACACUGUCUGAAAGACAGGAAUGAACCCUGUCACAUCAUACAGGUGCUGGAGGUGAUGGCAGCAGUGAGGAAAGAGGAUCCGGUAGAAAUGGCCAACACUAUCUACAACAACACGCUGAAAGUGUUCUUCACUGGGAGCUGAAAGCAACCACCUGAUUAACUGUGUAAAUCGUGUUCAGACUUCUGAAUGAUCAAACAGUGACAAUUGCUGUGAGAAUUAAGAUUGUUUACUCUGUGGAUCUUCUUAUCCGAUGAUGCCCAGGGUUCUUUUCCUUACUGCACAAGUUGACUGGCAGCAAAAAUCCAGGGACCGGCAAAAAUCCCUUACACACAGCUGGUGCAAUGCUGAAACGUAUUUUAAUAAAUACAUCCUCUGUAUGAAA